AUGCAGCCGUAUCAACCCAGGACCCCGCGGCAGGUCUAUUCCGUACCCGCCGCCCCCGAUUCGCCAUCGUACGAAAAGGAGUCUCACAUCGGGGUGGAUCACGCCGCGUUGGAGGCGAGAGAGGCGGCGGAUGCUGUAUUGAAGGAGUACGAGGCGAAUCAGGCAAGGUUGGCCAAGGCGAUCGAGUCAUCCUUGUACAUGUUGGGCGAUCUGCGGAAUUUCAACGGGGACCAGUGGACUAUCCGGUAUCCGUCCCUGCGGACUGAGGCUGGAGAAUCAUCUCUCCCCCAGCGUCCGGGUAUGGCCCGACGAACCCUCACUUUCGCCGAUGAACCCGCUGCGGCGCACAAGGUCGUGCUCAACUCUACCCCCGCUCGUCGCUCGCUCAAGCGGUCCCUUACCCUCGCGCCUGCCGCAGAGACCACCACCGUCGAACCCUCUUCCUCCCUCAUUACUACUCGUCCCGCCGAGCAAGCCGCGGAUGACUUUUCCAUCCUCCGCCUCGACCUCAAUCUCGGUGCAGCCCGUCAGGCCAAGGGUCUCAUCUCGUCACUCGAGAAAUCUUCUAUCUCAUCCCUCCUCGACAACCGGAUCGCCGCGUCUUUGGACCACCUCGCUCUCCUCCAGCGGCGCGUACAGGACCCUCACUCGAGGGUGCUGGUCACCGGCGAUCUCAAUGCGGGAAAGUCUACCCUCAUCAAUGCCCUGCUGCGUCGUCGGGAAGUCAUGCCCACCGAUCAGCAGCCGCUGACGACGCGGUUCGUCGAGGUGGUCAGCGCCAAGGAGAAUGAGGGGCGGGAGGAAAUCCACAUUCUGGACGGAGAGGGAAAGUACGACCCGGCGGACAAGUCUACCUACUCGGUCGACUCGAUCGACAAUCUCGAGGCGCUCGCUACGGACAUGGACUCGGACGCGUCCGCGCCACCCAUGCGUGUCUUUGUCAAUGAGGCGCGUCUAGACCUCACCAACCCCUCCAUCCUUCACAACGGCGUCGUCGACAUCUCGCUCAUCGACGCGCCCGGUCUUAAUCGCGACUCGAUCAAGACCACUGCCAACUUUGCGCGGCAGGAGGAGAUCGACGUCGUCGUCUUUGUCGUAUCGGCGGCCAACCACUUUACGCUUUCCGCGAAAGAGUUCAUCUGGCAGGCGGGACAUGAAAAGGCGCACCUCUUCAUCGUCGUCAACCGGUUCGACCAGAUCCGGGACAAGCAGCGGUGUCGCCGGGCUGUGCUGGAGCAGAUCAAGCAGCUCAGUCCGGACACAUACGAGGACGCGGCGGACCUUGUGCAUUUCGUUGAUUCUGCCAAGGUCGCCCUUGGGUGUUCAGAGGAGGAGGAUGCGGCAGGGGAUGAGCUGGACGAGGCGUUCCGACACCUCGAGCACUCGCUCCGGUCGUUUGUGCUCGUCAAUCGCGCCAAGUCCAAGCUCGGUCCCGCGCAGAAUUACGUCACCCACCUCCUGGCGGACGUGGAGCUGCUGGCAUCGGCCAACUCGCUCGUCGCUACUCAAGAGCGCGAGGUAGCCAAGGCGGAGCUCGACCGGGUCAAGCCCGUCCUGGAGCAGCUGAAGAAGGGCAAGGAGGGAUUGGAGGAGAGUCUGGUACAGGAGGAAGAGGCGGCGACCGAGUUGGCCCUGACACGGACCAAGACCGCCAUGGUCCGCGGUCUCGAGCGGGUCGGACAGGGAGAGCUAGCGGCACCUGCGCCGGGGCUGGAGUUGCCAUCGUACCCCGGUUUCCUCGGCGUAUGGGACUACGCCAAGGAGGUCAAGCGGGUCAUGCUCGCUUCGAUCGACUUUGUGUCGUCCCUCGCCGAGGCGGACGCUCGCAGAAUCACCAGCGAGGGUGUCAGCCAGGUGACCGAGCUCGGCAACAAGCUCCUCCCAGCGGACGUGGUACGCACCGACCGGGUCUUCAACCCCGCUGCCAUGUUUACUGCUCGUCCACCGUCCAAGCUCGCUCGGCGCACCUCGGGCGUCAAUACGCUCGGUCUCGGUCUCGCCUCCCGCCCCCAACUUGCCGAAGUUUCCCUCUCGGACAUCUUUGACUACACCCACCACAUCUCCAUCGCUCGCUCUUCCCUCCCUUCAUCUUCCUCUGCGUCGGCGUCGAGCCAAGCCCUCAUCCCGUCCUUUGGUGCCGAAGUGGGCGGCCUCGGUCUCGCCUCAUUGGCGUUCGGAGCAUUCACCAUGUCUGGCAAAGUCUUUGGCGUCCGGUCAUUCAUUGACGGCGCUCUCGGCCUCUCGGACCUUCUCGCACACCCCAUGACCCGCAAAUGGGCCGGACCCGUCGUCGGCGUCUUUGCACUCGGAGCUGUCGGGUAUGUGGUGUAUGAGCUUCCGCGCUCUAUUCCCCGGAACGUCGGAAGGCACAUCCAGUCCAACCUCCUCCUUACCGGCCUGGACGGGGAGGAGACGCCGUACGCCGAUGCUCAGGCCCAGCGGGUCGGCAAGGAAGUACGGAAAGUCAUGCGUCUGGCGGCGUGGGAUUUGCGGGAACGGUUCCGCGGAGCGGUGGAUGCGAGGGGAGAGGUGGUCAGGGAGAGUGAAGCGCUCGAGAGGAAGGCGGGUAAGGCGUUAAAGUACUUUGAAGGGGUGGAGAGGAAGGUCGAGGAGAUUAGGGAGCAGGUCGGCGUCAAGGUUUAA